GGGACAUUUUGAAAAACUCUGUUCUCUUCAAUUUUCCUGCCUCCUCUGGAGAGUUGGUCUAACUUCAUCUUUCCUCCUGCUCUUGAGAUGGAGCCCGAUGGUGUCGCUCCAGGUGGCACGCAUCUCCAGAGCCCCCUUACCUGGUGAAUACUCAAGAGGGGCCAGGAGGAGCCAACCCCAUGCACGUAGCCAGUCUGGCCUCGGAGGCAGAGAGCAAAAGCCUUGGGCUUCGAGACAGACGUUGGGUGGUGUGGACUGUGGGAGGGGCUCUUGGGCCUCUGGGUUUCUGAUUCCACUUUCAUUUCUCAGGGUGACGCUCCCCAGGCCCCCUGUCCCCCACCCCGGCAUCAUGCAUCGGACCACACGGAUCAAAAUCACAGAGCUGAACCCUCACCUCAUGUGUGCCCUCUGCGGGGGGUACUUCAUCGACGCCACCACCAUCGUGGAGUGCUUGCAUUCCUUCUGCAAAACUUGCAUCGUGCGCUACCUGGAGACCAACAAGUACUGCCCCAUGUGCGAUGUGCAGGUCCACAAAACCAGGCCGCUGCUGAGCAUCAGAUCGGACAAAACCCUGCAAGACAUCGUCUAUAAACUGGUCCCUGGGCUUUUUAAAGAUGAGAUGAAACGACGGCGGGAUUUCUAUGCAGCGUACCCCCUGACUGAAGUCCCCAACGGCUCCAAUGAGGACCGCGGCGAGGUCCUGGAGCAGGAGAAGGGAGCUCUGAGCGACAACGAGAUUGUCAGCCUCUCCAUCGAGUUCUAUGAAGGUGUCAGGGACCGGGAGGAAAAGAAAGGUCCUCUGGAGAAUGGGGAUGGGGACAAGGAAAAGCAGACAGGGGUGCGGUUCCUGCAAUGCCCAGCAGCCAUGACCGUCAUGCAUCUCGCCAAGUUUCUUCGCAACAAGAUGGAUGUGCCCAGCAAAUACAAGGUGGAGGUUCUAUACGAGGACGAGCCACUGAAGGAGUACUACACUCUCAUGGAUAUAGCCUACAUCUAUCCCUGGCGGCGGAAUGGCCCUCUCCCCCUCAAGUAUCGGGUCCAGCCGGCCUGCAAGCGGCUCACCUUGCCCACAGCACCCACCCCCUCGGAGGGCACCAACACCAGCGGGGCAUCUGAGUGUGAGUCAGUCAGCGACAAGGCUCCCAGCCCUGCCACCCUGCCAGCCACCUCCUCCUCCCUUCCCAGCCCAGCCACCCCCUGCCAUGGCUCUCCCAGCUCCCACGGGCCCCCGGCUACCCACCCUACCUCCCCUACUCCCCCUGCGACAGCCAGUGGGGCCACCACAGCUGCCAACGGGGGUACCUCGAACUGCCUGCAGACACCAUCUUCCACCAGCAGGGGGCGCAAGAUGACUGUCAACGGAGCUCCUGUGCCCCCCUUAACUUGAGGAAAGGGACCCUCUCCCUCCUUUUCCAGCCAUGCCUCUCCACCCCUCCACUUUUUCUGGGCCCCUUUUCCACCUCUUCUACUUGCCCCAGCUCCUCCCGCCUUAGGGGUGGGGGGCGGGUUUUAUAAAUAAAUCUAUAUAUAUAUGUACAUAGGAAAAACCAAAUAUACAUACUUAUUUUCUAUGGACCAACCAGAUUAAUUUAAAUGCCACAGGAAACAAACUUUAUGUGUGUGUGUAUGUGUGGGGGGGGUGGAGUGUUCAGUUUUAGGGGGUCUUGUGUAAUUUGCCCUGCUCUUAUUUUGGGGGCGUCUGGCGGUGGACUCGAAGGGCCACUUGCGGCUCAGUAAAGCUCUACUCCAUCCUCCUGUUUCCCAAGGCAGAUGGGGUGUUGGGGGAGCCCCACCAGCCCCCAAAGCUUUAGGCACAACUCCAGCCGGCUGUGAACGGGGUCUGCCCUCUCUCUUUCCCCAUGUUGGCUGCUGUCCGGCCCCACCAGCACCACCACCCUCCCCCCCCCCCAUUGUUGAAUGUCCAGAGACUUGCUAAGACAGUGCCUUUUACAAAAUGCAGUCUAUCCCCUGGUUCUCAGGAGCGAGUGGGUUGUAAAGAUGGCAUCUCCCUUCCCUCCUCCUCUUGCAGUGGAAACUUUGUGCAAAGAAUAGAUAGUUCUGCCAUUUUCUUUUUUUCCCUGUGUGUGUGGCCUUUGCAUCAUUAUCUUGUGGAAGAGAAGAUUCGGGCCACGGGAGGCCUCAGCCUCAGCCCUUGAAAUUCCACCGUGGCUUUAGCAAUGUGAACUGCUUCACCCCGUUCUGCCCCUGCCCCCCACCCCACCCCGAAACUCUGACUAGCAAGGCUGGGAGGAAAGUCCCAUCUGGGGGCCUGGAGUGCCGUGGAGAGGCGGAGUGGGGCUAACCUCAGACAAGCACAGACCCCAGAUUGUGCCAAAGGCCAGCAGCCCUCCAGUCCCCUCCCCACCCCCAGCUGAGGCAGAGUCAAGAAAGAGCGACAGAGGCAUCUAAAAGCACAAGAAGACAGAAGCCUGUAGGCUCUGACCUCUGCUCCGUCCCGCGAGGGCAGUGGACUGCCCCCUGAAGGGCAGACCCCACCAGAUUCCUGCCCACCUGUUUCCCCUCCAGUGUACAUAGAUCAGAUCGGGGAGGAGGUGAGGAGGCUAGACUCCCUUGCAACCUAGGUGUUUGGGGUUGGGAGCCUCCCCCCCCGCCCCCCCCAUCAGGUUUGUCUGUGUUUGCACCUUGUCCUGUGUCUGAGGUGCUGUGACUGUACCCUCUUGCCCUGGGACAUUUGUAUCUCCUGGCUUUGUAAUAAAUGCUGCAUACUCUC